CAAACCCCCUCAUAAAGGGAGUAGGAAAUAAAAGCACCAACUCCACCUUCGUUAAUUGCCCUGCAGCUCAUCAUCAUGAUCCCUCCUGCUCCCUCACCGGCUCCGGCACCGGUGCCGCUACGCCUUAAUGAUUCUCAGAAUGCUCCUUCACCUUUGCCGACGCCGCCGUUUCAUCAUGCGUCGACAUUGCCAACUACAACCACUUCAUCAACGUCCACGUCAGCAUCAGAUUUAUCAACUACUCCACCACCGGCUAAGUUACCGGUUGAUUUCAGCCCUCCUUUGAUUGCGAUGGUCGUUAUUAUUGCUACCGCUUUCGUCAUCAUUACCUACUCGCGGCUACUCUCCCGCCAUCUGCUUCGUCUACACGGCCGUUAUAAACUGUGGCGCCGCCGUCGCCGACGUUAUGUUCCGUCGUCAUCUGCCGGUGAUAUUGAGUCGCCUCCUUAUCCGUUUAAUCCUACUGAUGCUUUCCAUGUAUUAUCUCCUUAUGGAUUGGAUGAUUCAGUGAUCAAAACCAUUCCUCUUUCGGUCUACACUCGAAAAAGCGGUGUUCACGAUUGUGCGGUUUGCUUACUGGAGUUCGAAGAGAACGACUAUAUGCGCACGCUUCCGGUUUGUUCGCAUGCCUUUCACGUGGACUGUAUUGAUAUAUGGCUCAAAUCACACGCGAAUUGCCCUUUGUGUCGUGCCGGAAUAUUCCGCCCAGAGUCGCCGUUUACUCCGUUGAUGGCAGCAAGGAUUCGCCCGAGCUUCGAUGACAUGAUGCUGGAGAGCACAAUUCUAGAACCUUUGGAUGAAAUUCAGCCAGAAUCCGAUACAACGACGGUGUCAGAGAUCACACAAGAACCGUCGCCAAGGAGGAACAUCCAAUCAGAGGAGAGAUUUACCGGGCGUGAUUUUUUGUUAAAACGUUCUUACUCCUUCGGAUUCGAGAGAAAUUUGGGAUCAGAGAGACUAAUGCUCGAACCAGCGACUGCCUCACCGUGGCGGUACCGCAGAGCAAUAGGAUCAGGAAGCUUCUGGAGCAAAAGGCCUUCACCGUUCAGCUCGUUAACAAAGCCAAGAGUAUUCUCCUUCCGCUAUUACAGAGGAAUGAAAUCACCGUUUUUCCGGCGGACUAGAGGUGGAUUUUUCCCAUUAUCGGAGUCAAGCGCAAGAUACAGUACCGGCGGAGGUGGAAGUUCGUCAAGAAGAAGCAAAUCAUUCGCAAGCCCAAUGUUCAUGAGAACAUCGGCGGCGGGUGGUGUUGUAUACUCAUCUAGCCGUCUAAGGAGCGGUGAUCCAGAAGCCUUACUGUCACCGGACAGGUAUCACAGACGGUGAGGAUCGAUGAACAGCACAUGGAUCAUUAAUGAACUUUUUGGGGAAACUACAACCGUCCGAUCGAUCAUAGUUAUGGCGGACGAUGACCGAGGAGGCGCGCGGAUGAUGGGGUCACGUGACAUUAAUGGUUGGGGGGAGUAAGAGAGAGAGUUACAUUGGGAAGAAAGAAGAGAAAAUUAAUGCUAUGCCUGCUGGCCUGUGGCGGUCAUUUAAUACAGAGAGAGAGAGAGAGAGUGAGGGGGGCUAGUGGCUAAGAGUUGAAAUGCUGAGAAGAAGAAAAAGCUAUGUAUGCUUUUUAAUUUAUUGGGAAAUUUUGACUAUUUUUUAAGAGUUACAGAGAGAAGAGUUGGAGCUUAUCCCAAAAAAAAAACAAAGGUUACUCACGGAA